UAUAGUGAAUGCAGGGUCCAGGGAGACCGGAUAUAGUGAAUGCAGGGUCCGUGGAGACCAGAUAUAGUGAAUGCAGGGUCCAGGGAGAGCGGAUAUAAUAAAUGCAGGGUCCGGGGAGAGGGGAUAUAGUGAAUGCAGGGUCCGGGGACCAGAUAUAGUGAAUGCAGGGUCCGGGGAGACCGGAUAUAGUGAAUGCAGGGUCCUGGGAGACCAGAUAUAGUGAAUGCAGGGUCCGGGGAGACCGGAUAUAGUGAAUGCAGGGUCCGGGGGGAGCGGAUAUAGUGAAUGCAGGGGUCCGGGGAGACCAGAUAUAGUGAAUGCAGGGUCCGGGGAGACCAGAUAUAGUGAAUGCAGGGUCCGGGGAGACCAGAUAUAGUGAAU